UUGCAGCAUAUCGAGGAUGAUGAUGUCCAGUCAAUUAUAAACCGACUGAAUGGCUACACUCUUGAAGGGAAAAAUAUUCACAUUCAGCUGUCAACUUCCAAAUUGCGCUCGCAGCCAGGAAUGUCGAAUCAGUGUUUUCGUUGUGCUUCAACAGACCACAAAACGCCCAACUGUCCCAAGGAUCCGAAUAACCAAGUCACCCAAACAAUCAAGAUAGAUCUAACUGGUGCAGUGAAACGUCCAGCUGGUGCGAUAGAUGGGCCGGAUGCAAAACGACCCGUUCAAAUGAUUAGUAUGGUAGAUGAGGAAAUACCACGUCCGCCAGAGCCUGAACUACAACAGUUGUAUGAGGAAUACAGUUUAUCUCGACAGCGAUAUACCUAUUAUCGUGAGCGACUGCAAAAGGAGAUCCAUGCGAAGCGCAAUGGCAUGGCUGGAUCGGUCUACGUCACGCCAUUCGCGCCAUUGGGCACAGCAUCUACACAGCUUUCUUCGGCUGCCGUUCCUUACAUUGCUCCCCAACCACAAGCGUAUACUCAACCUACAGCUAUUGGUGGAAGUCAUCCCUAUUCAUUAAAGGCUCCUUAUGCUGCUGCUACUCCUCCACAAGUCCAGCAUGUGGCGGCUGUGCCUCAAAUUGGCGCCGUCCCCGGUCAACAAACCACCUACCUUUCUAGCCAGCCCACAGCAGUAUAUGGAACGGUAGGAGCUACAAUGCAACAAGGACUGGUAAAUGUGCAGCCGCAACAAGGUCUACCAUAUGUCACUGCCGUUCAGCAACAGCAGCCUGCAAUUGGCGUCCAAUCGUCAGCGCCAAUGACCACACAACAGUAUUUGCAGAGUGUAGGUUUGCAACAAGCGCAACAGCAGCAGGCCGGAGCACAGCUAGGAUUAGGGCAAGUGCAACAGACUACACUGAAUGCGCCAUAUGCUGGGGUGAGUGCGGGCACUUCUUGGAUGCAGCAACAACAACAACAGCCGGCAGUUCAGCAGCAAAUGAUUGGUCAAUAUCAGCGACCAUCUUUUCAACAGUCUCCUCAACGACAGUCGUCGAUGGUUCCUCAGCAGCAGCAGUCUUAUCAGACUGGCGGCCUGGUAAAACUGAAUAUUAUGUAA